AUGUCCGAGAAAACGGAGGUGAAUCUGUCUGGAGUGAAACAGAGCAAAGGCGUUUGGCUCGUCAAGGUUCCCAAGUAUUUAUCUCAGCAGUGGGACAAAGCCUCAGAAAAAGGAGAAGUUGGAAAGAUUAUCAUUGGAAAGAAACAAGGCAAGACAGAGGUGCGUUUCAGCCUGGACGAGGAGCUGACUGCUCUGGCCGCUGCAGGGGAGUCGGAUGCAUCGCUGCAGGUCCCGAGGGAUCAUCCCUUCACCAUGCACACGGUGGGCGGACAGACCAUGGCUGUCUUCAGCCAGAGCGACACAGAUGAAAUCAGCGUGGAGGGGAUGGUGGUGCACAGAGCCGAAUGCAGACCGCUCGUCACCGACAACUACAUGAAGCUGAAGAAGUUGCAGAUUCAAGAGUCCAUCAAGCCUCAGCGUUUGUCACAGCAGCUGGAGAGAGCCGUCACCACCGUCUUCAAGCCUGUGGCCAACCACGACUUCAAUGUGGAGUACGAGAAGAAGAAGAAGUCCGAGGGUAAGAUGGUGAGGGCAGAGCGCCAGGUCGUGUUGGACAUGCUCUUCACCGCCUUCGAGAAGCACCAGUACUACAACAUAAAGGACCUGGUGGACAUCACCAAACAACCUGUGACCUACCUGAAAGAAAUAAUGCGAGAAAUCGGGACGUACAACAGCAAAGGAGCUCACAAAAGCACCUGGGAGCUGAAGCCGGAGUACCGACACUACCACUCAGCCGAGGAGGAGGAGGAGACGCAGACCUCGUGAAGCAAACCUUCGACGUAAAGGAAUAAAGAUGGCGAAGAAUUCUGGGUUUUCAGUUUGUAAUCUUUAAGUUGACGUUAAAACUAAAAAGUCUGCUGUGCACGGGCCAAACGUUCACAUAAAUAAACGUGU